CCUCGCGGCGUCAACUCUGCUUCCAGCCGCGCAUAAUGGGACGCGGUACCACAGCUAGAUGCGCCCCGACGGUCUACCGUUCCGACAUUUUCUUGGCACUAUCAGCCUCGGGUUAGUAUUUCACAACUCCACAGAAAAGCACGCCUGAUCUAGUUCUGGUUACCUUCAAGCUCCAUUCGCAACGAAGAUGGCUGCCGGUGGCCAUCCCACGACUGGUCCCCUCGAGGACCGACUGCGCAAUCUCAUCCUGUCCAACUCCGAGAAGCCCGCUUCCUCGCAGACACAGGACGGAAGGCCUCAGUCUCCUUGGCAACAACAACCUGCCCCCACACAAGCCACACAAGCUGGAGAGGAGAAUGCGCCGAGACCAUCCUCGCCGCGGAGCAAUGUGGGAGGCACAACCUCGUCGAAGGCGUCGCGGAAGCGACCAAAUCAAGCACAGCGGCGCCAGAUGUCAGCCCAACUGUCUAUCCCUAUCGACCCUCGUCCACAGUUCCAUCAGCCCCAGCGGUCAUACCCAAACCGCCCAGGUUAUCCGGACCAACAGCACGAUGGGAGCGUCCGCCACGGACCUCGGGAGUCGCGCUCGGCGACGUUUCGCCCGCCCAGCCGGGGGAACACGGUACCGAGUGCGCCUCUGACAGCCUUGCCAUUUCCUUCCCGGCCGCGGCACCAGCCUUCCCUUUCCUAUCACGGACCCAUGUCGACGCCCAAUCCCUAUGGCUGGACGCAACCUCCCUUGUACUAUGGGCACCCGGUGCUGCCUUACCAGAUGCCAGGCAUGCCUCCUGUGCCGCAGUUGCCCAACGACGCUCCGUCACCAAGGCAGUCGGGACACGGCGGCCCUCGUCUCGACAGUCCGAGGGGUCCGCCUGGUUUGAGCCCAGACGAGCUGAAAGCGCAAGCCGACUUGCUCGAGGGCCUCUGUAAUACCGUCGUUGCUAGCGCCGAGAUCGAGACCGCUGAGAUCAUGGAGAAGGAAAACUUUCGGGUCGCGAUCGAAAAGGUUGCGAGAGCCGUCAUUGUCGCCUACGAGAGAGGCCAAAACGGCGUUCACGAUUUCCCUCCCGAGAGUGUGCAGCUCAAAUGCUUCGGGAGCCUCGCGUCAGGCUUCGCAACCAAAGCAUCUGACAUGGACCUCGGCCUUGUAUCCCCGCUGUCGCGCGUCCAGCCCGAUGCCCCCGACUCUCCGAUCCCGAGACUCGUGGAGAAGGCCUUCCUCGAUAUGGGACUUGGCGCCAGACUGCUCACACAGACACGCGUCCCCAUCAUCAAGGUGUGCGAGACGCCUCCCGAGGACCUUCGCCAGGGGCUGCUGGCGGAGAGGGCGAAGUGGGAGAGGGGCGGCCCGGCGGAGGAAGGAGACAUCGGCCCCGACCCCGAUCCCGCGGAAGACGAGGUCCACGAGGGCCCGGAACCACUGUCUCCGGGAGACGAGUUUACACCCGCAACCGCACCCUUGGCCGCCGCACCCCGAGGCGAGACCCCGUCGCGCGGGGAAACUCUGCCGAGGUUGCGGCAGGGCGAGACAAGCAGCCUUUCUACAUACUACGGAACUACAAAACGCCUUCUCCGCAAGCUAGGCGGCCGCGACAUGACCCACGCAAACCUCGCCGAGUUCAAGACCGAAGAUGUCAAGCUCCUGAGUGAGGUUUGUCUGGCGUUUGUCGAGGGUCUGGCCGACAGCAAGCUGCGAGAGCAGUUAUUGAGGUACCGCUCCCUCAACCGGUACGACCUCACCUCCCGGCCCACUCCCCGCACGCUGCUGGGCGUCUUCGCGCAAGUGGAGGGCGAACAGCUGGCCUUAGCGUGGGAAUGCCGCCCUGUCCAGGAGAAGGACACGGCACGUGAGGCAGUUGCGCAGCACGCGGUGAGCGCGUGGAGGGAACUUCAAAACAUGACUGAUUAUGGUCGGGAUCCGCUCGCCUACCAGAAGGAGCUGCAGAUGGGCGUAGAGCAUCUGAAGAAGAUACCGUCCAUCCAGCUCCUGCUGCUUUCGCAGGCCCCCAGCGAGACCGCGGCAAACUAUUGCGCCAGAGCCUUGAGGCUGCUGUACGAUCUUGGCGGCCACGAAAGCCGUGACCGGGCCGAUGCCGUACUGCCCACUCUGAUCAAGCAGUAUAUUGGAGGCAUCUCAAACCGCAGCAUUCGGGAGCAAGUGGAGGCCUUCCAGGAAUCUUACGGCGUCACUAACUUGCGGGCGAUUGGCCGCCGGCAUAAGAGCUUGCAGCUUGCCCACAAGUACGAGACGUGCCUCGACAAGGGGGUUUACCAGGACGAAGCCGCGAGCAGCGUUCGUCGUUAUAUUGGACUACUGCGAGCUCCAAUAACGAAGCCACCCUCACCAAAUUAUCCUCACGGCCUGAUCCCGCUACCCGCAGGCUCAGAAUCCCUCCUCUCAGAGAUACGCGUGCUCGGCGAUCCAUCGUGGGCGGCGCCGAACCAGCCACGGGAUCGGUACAACAGCGCCCUGGAGUUUCCCAAAUCUGGCGUGGGCGUGCAAUGCGACAUCAACUUCUCAGCGCACCUCGCUUUACAAAACACUCUUCUGCUGCGGUGCUACUCACACUGCGACCCGCGCGUCAGGCCGCUCGUCCUCUUCGUCAAGCACUGGGCCAAGGUUCGCGGCAUUAACUCGCCCUAUCGCGGAACGCUCGGCAGCUACGGCUACUCCCUCAUGAUGCUGCACUACCUCGUCAAUAUUGCGCAGCCUUUCGUGUGCCCCAACCUGCAACAACUCGCCCGCCCGCCGGACCCAAAUCUCAGUCCGCAGCAGGUGGAGGAAACAGUCAUGUGCAAGGGCCGCAACAUUCAGUUUUGGCGCGACGAGGCCGAGAUCAUGCGCCUCGCCCGGGAGAAUGCCCUCACCCAGAACCGCGAGUCCAUCGGCGAGCUCCUGCGCGGCUUCUUCGAAUACUACGCCAGGGGCGGGCAGCAGAUGAGCAUGCUUCCCCGCCGCAGCUUCGACUGGGGCCGUGACGUCCUGAGUCUGCGCACUCACGGCGGCCUGCUGACCAAACAGGAGAAGGGUUGGACGGGCGCAAAGACGGUCGUGGAGGUCAAACCAUCCACUGCCCCGACCCCCUCACCCAGCAACAACGGCAACCCAUCUUCGUCAACGACGGGCGAAUCCAACCCCUCGGCCCCGCCACAACCAAGCCAACAAUCCCAGCAGAAGAACCUCGAAGUCAAAGAAGUCCGCUACCGCUACCUCUUUGCCAUCGAGGACCCCUUCGAACUAGACCACAACGUUGCGCGCACCGUGACGCACGCCGGGAUUGUGAGCAUCCGCGACGAGUUCCGUCGCGCGUGGCGUAUCAUCAAGAAUGCUGGGCGCAGCCAGGAUCAACAGACUCAGACUCAAGGUGGUGGUGGUGCCUGGAGGCAAGAGGAUCUGCUGGAGGAUGCGGCGCAUGCCGAGCGGGAAAGGGAGAGGGAGGAGUUCACAAAGCUGCUGGAGGAGUUGCAUGGGGUGAAGUUUGAGAGUGGUGAAGGGGGAAACUGGGUACGGACGAAUGGUGGCGGGGCAUCUGGGUAAGGAAUUUGAAGGUUGGGUCCGUUGAUUUUUGGUUCGGAGUGUUUGUGUAAGUGAUUGAACUGUGGGAUGAUACCUCGGGUUAUUAUGGUGUGUGUAUC